AAUAAGAUUUGAUCCUGACAAAGAUACUACAUUUCCAACAUGACAGCUUUGCCUAGCUUCCCGACAUUCAACCUAGAAGAACCAGACCUUAGAAAAUCUUGGGGAAAAUACGUAUCAAGAUUGGAGAAUUUGUUGUUGGCAAUGAACAUCACAAACGCCGCAAGAAAGAAGGCGAUGCUCCUGCACUAUGUCGGUGAAGAAGUUAAUGAGAUAUUCGAAACUCUAGAAAUUGACGAGCCAGAUAGAGAAGAAGAUGUAUUUAGAAAAGCGGAGAAAGCGUUACGAAAUUACUUCACUCCACAGAAGAAUAUAGAAUUCGAAGUUUAUAAGUUUCGUCAAGCGAAACAACUCCCAGGAGAAAACAUAUCAGCGUACUAUACGAGAUUGAAACAAUUGGCCAAAUCCUGCGAAUUUCAUGAACAAAGCAAAGAGAUAAAAACUCAGAUCAUACAAAAUGGUUCAUCUUCAAAAUUGUGGAGAAAAGCGUUAGCAGACCCCGAAAUAACGAUGGAGAAAUUAAUACAAAUGGGAAAAACAAUGGAGAUGUCAAAAACACAAGCAGAAGGCAUCGAAAGCACGAAUCGAAUUUGGCAUAAAAGAAAGCAGUUCAAGACGCCCACGGAAAAAACCUCAAAUGCUUUCGAAUACUCAUCGAAGAUCAAAUGCAAAUUUUGUGCUUGUGAACAUCGUCCAGGGAAAACAAGUUGCCCGGCAUAUGGAAAGAAAUGUCGACAAUGUUUAAAGUGGAACCAUUUUAAAGUUUGUUGCUAUGAGAAUCGAAGAGGCAAAGAGCUGAUGCAAGACAAUUAUCAAAGUUCUCGCGCUGAGUCUACAAAGCGAAACGGACAGAUAAAACGUAAUCAAGUAAGACCUCGUCAAGUGAAUGCGGUGCAAGAAAUAACGUCCGAAUCAAGUAUGGAAGAUGAAUAUGUAUUUUCAACGUUGACGGCGCAGCAAAAGCUCCCGAAAUUUAAAGUUAAGAUUAAUGGUACUCCUGUGUCAGUCAUGGCAGAUACCGGUUCCAGCGUAAACCUCUUGGAUGAAGUGAAUUUUAACAAAUUGAAGAAAAAGCCAAUAUUGCAGGAAGCAAAUGAGAAAAUCUUUCCUUAUGGGUCGAAAAAACAACUCAAUUAA